UGAUGUCACGGCCGGAUGGCAGCCCCUGAUACGGUGGGCCCGGAGUCUGGCAGCGGGUGACAGCAGGACAACAUGGGGGAGGCCAGAAUCGGAAAGCGGUGACCCGAGAGUGGGUAACACCCCCUGGGAGUGGGCGCGCUGGCUACUGGCUAUGGAUGGAAAUGCCAUUACCCUGUGGCAGUUUCUGCUCCAGCUCUUGCAGGAACCUCAUAAUGAGAAACUGAUCUGUUGGACCUCAAAUGAUGGAGAGUUUAAACUACUUCAGGCAGAGGAAGUGGCCCGGCUCUGGGGAGUACGUAAGAACAAGCCAAGUAUGAACUACGACAAACUAAGCCGGGCACUUCGCUAUUACUAUGUGAAGAAUAUCAUUAAAAAAGUGAAUGGACAGAAGUUUGUUUACAAGUUUGUAUCAUACCCGGACAUCCUUCACAUGGACCCACUAACUUUGAGUCGGGUAGAAGAUGGUGAAGGCCGUCCUCCUGACUCUGUUAGCACCUGCUCAAUACGAGACAAGGAGAACUGUGGCAAGGAUCGAAUAUCAGGCCUUUCAAAUAAGUCCUCUGGCCGUAACGACUACCUCCAUUCUGGUCUGUAUACAUCCUUCACUCUCAACUCACUAAACACUGCAGGAGUAAAUCUCUUUAAGUCUAACCCUGUGGAGACUCCCAUUGAAAAGAAGGUUACUCAAGAAGCACCUCUGUCUGUCAUCAGGUUUGUGCAUACACCAGCCAAGAAUACAGAACUUGCACCCAGUGCCCCUCCCAUCCCACUUCAGCCUUCAGAUCCACACGAGAAACCUGCUGAGUCUCCUGCUGAUGCAAUAAUAAACUCUCUCACUCCUCCUGCACCUUCCAUCUCUCCCAUUCCAUUUGGAUCUAUGUCCCCAUCGUUAAAUCCCAACCAGGAGAUAGUGAUUGACACAGAUUUGGAGUCUGUAACUUCACAGUCUAUAGAUUUUUCCAGUGAAGUGUCCAUGGAGGUUCCAGAGGCAGAUCAGGAACCAGAUCCUGAGCCAGAGCCCUAUGUGUUGGACAGAAGUGUAAAGUCAAAAAAGCCCAAAGGACUCGAAUUGGCACCAACUUUGGUAAUCACUAGUAGUGAUGCAAAUCCCUUGGGUAUCCUCAGUCCCUCUCUGGCCACAGCAUCUCUCACACCAGCUUUUUUCUCCCAGACUCCCAUAUUGCUAACUCCCAGCCCUCUGCUCUCCACAAUACACUUCUGGAGCACAUUGAGUCCUGUGGCUCCUAAUAGCCCAGCCAGGUUGCAUGGUGCCAACACACUGUUUCAGUUUCCUUCGGUGUAUAAUGGCCACAUGCCCCUUGCUUUGUCAAGUUUUGAAAGCCCUUCUACACCAGGACCCUUUUCUCCUGAUUUCCAAAAGUCCUAGCAGAUGGUGUGAACUCAAGGAUGAAGAAGGGAAAAUACAGGAAGACAUAUUUUUUCUUCUUUUUUUGUCCCAUUCUCUUUUAGCAUGUGAAUCCCAUGCCUAAAGCCGAGGUUUGUUGUUUAUCUAACCCAACACCCAUUUGCUUUUAUCCAUGGUUGUUCUACAAAGAACCAUGUUAUACCACAAUAUAUAGAGGUUUUGGAUGGACUGGGACUUGGGAAGUUUUACAAGAGAUGCAUGACUGCCAUAUUUCAGCAAAAUAUCAGUCUCAUCUUUUCAGAAAAUUGAUCUUCAAUUUUUUUCCAGCAAAUGUAAUGUCUUGAUUAUAUUCUCAUUUACAUGGUUUUCUCCUGCCUCCGCAGAACUGAGAAUAAUCUGUGUUACUGUUCUAAACAGUACAUAUAGAAAAAAAAAUGUGGGUUAAUCCAUUUUAUCCAUAAAGAAGUUUUAUUAUAAAAUGUUGUGCAUUGGGAGACUCACAAGCCAUUUCCAAAUAUAUCAAAAACUGUAAAGUUGUUUUAAAACUCAGGUUUCUGGUGUCAGACCUACAGCACUUAUCCUCUAAACAUCCAAUCCUCUGGCAAAUAAGUUCCUUUUCAGACCUCUAAGGGGAAGUCGACGGAGAGAUAAUGAAACUAGAAGUUGAUGAGGGAGUCUGUCAAGGAGUCCAGACAUUGAAAUAGACAUUGUGGGAACACAGUGAUAAAGCAGCAAGUUUAUGCUGUAAAUUUAUUUUGUUGAUAUAAUAUAUAUAAGUAUAUUUUUACAUUUUAUAAAUGCUCAACUUUCCCAAAUGCUGGAAAUACAACAUAAUGCAAAAUAAUUAGAAAGCGUUUGCAGUUUUGCUACCCAAAGCUAUUCAAGACACAUUCAGAUUACUAUUAAAUAGAAUGUCGCCUGAAUUAUCUUCUGCAUUAGGCCAUUAUGCCAUGUCCACAGCUAUCUCCCAGGAUGGGUCAUAGGUUGGCUGAUGUUGCCUCAGUACAUCAUUAAUGCAUAAUAAAUAUGGCUGGCUUGCGUGCAAUUUUGUGAAAACGGAAAACCAGGAUGUCCAGAGGCCAUUUUACUGCUCAGAUUUGUAAUAUGUUCCUAUGCAAGUGAAAUUUUGUACUUCAGAAAAUAGGUUUAUAUUGAAUAUGUAUCUCGCUUUUGCACCUGCUUAUUGAUCGCUCAGGCACUUUUAUAUGGGGGGGAGGGAGUUUUUUUGUUUUCUUUUUAAAGGACAUUGUAGUCCCUACAGUUAAUGGACCAAAGUGUAGUAAUAUCAGUGAUAUGUUAGUUACUGGUUUGCUCUUAAAUGCAAGUCAUUUUCAUUUUUUAGUCAGACUGCAAACUUGGUAACUCUAUACUUUGGCAGAAAUGUAAUUCUUUGUUACUGUCUCUUAUUCUGAUUCCAUUCUGAGUUUACAUGAUAUGGUUUUUAACAAUUCAACAUAUCUCAGUCAAUCAGUUCUGAACUCCUCAUUAGAUCUCCAAGCUGUUUUCAUUGGGUCCCUUUUGGUAGAGCUGAAACGUGAACAUUUAUCUGAUCCAUUUUAUAUUCUCCUGUUCCCAGGCCAGUACCCACAGAAAUUGUUAAUUGUAGCACCUCUACCUUCCCUAAUGUAAUGAAGACCCCCCUCUGCCACAUGUAUCAGUUUAACAAAGUUUUUUUUUUCUGGUUUAAUUUAGCCUAUGUAAUAGUAAUUAAGUAGUUAUUCACUCAUUAAAGCUUUUAGCUGAAGAAUGGAAACCUCU